AUGCAGCAACAACAAGAAAGCAAGUUGUCUUGGGAGUUGGCAAUUGAAAAGUUAGCAAAUGCCAUUGUGGAUAGAUUUGAAAAGCUGGAGUCAAAAGUAGACCAGAUGGCCAGUUUCAAUAGAAAUCUGGAGGUUCAAUUGGGGCAAAUAUCAAAUGCCAUAAAUUUAACAGAUCAAGGUAAAUUGCCCAGCAAAACUAAGGUGAAUCCAAGAGAGGAAGUCAAGGCAGUGAAAUUGAGAAGUGGUAAGCAACUUGGUGAGGAAAGUAGCGAACAUGUUACAAGUGAUGUUGAUAAAAAGAAUAACGUUGACAUCAGUGAUGAGAAUGAGCAGAACGAGAUACCAUCCCUAACACCACAUGUUGAACCUUAUGUUCCUCCUAUCCCUUUUCCUCAAAGGCUUAAACAUAAGAAGGUUGACAAACAGUUUGAAAAAUUUCUUGAAGUUUUGAAGUAA